AUGGGAGCGAGCAAGAAAAGCCACGGCAAGAAAGAACACAAGGAGACACAGUCUCCAGUUUUGAAAAUAUUCAAGGAUUUUCAGGAUCCAGAGAAAGCGACAUUGUUAAAAGAAAAACAAAAAGACAAGAAAAGAAAAUAUUUUCGGAAAACAGAACAAAAGACUUACGACUCCAGUAGCACAGACCGGUACAAGACCAAAGAACGAAGCGUGGACGAGAACAGAGAACCGGGACAUGGGGGAGUCAAAGAAACCUGGUGGACACAUGGCGGGAAAGCACCGAAGUCGGCAGAUGAUACCUGCUCGUGUGUAUCGUGCGCCUUGAAGAAAGUCCUGGCAUCAGAGUAUACAUGUAUUGCAUGCUUGCUUGUGUUGUUCUCUGCUUCGGUUGUGGGGGCAUUUCUCCUCGUAUUCAAAUCGUCAGCCAUCGAAACCGUCAAAAAUGAUGGAGGGAAGAAGCUGCAGUUGAUAAAGCGGCAAUUGAGCGAUCCAAAGAGUUCCUGGGAUGGUCCCUUUGGAUUUUCGGGUGUUUUAGGAUCAGCUCACUCCACUUAUUUUUAUCCCGGCAACUACCCACACAGCCCUACCUGUGGUCUCCAGAUCGUCCCUCCAUCAUCUGACAAGUCUGCCUCUUUUCGUGGCUAUUCGGUAGUGAUUCUUGACUCAUGA